AUGUCCCCUGCAGGCGAGACUGGUACAUCGUCUACUCCUCCACGCGCCAAUGCAUCAGAGCCAUGGGGCUUCCGUCAUCAGGUUAAGAAACUCCGCCCAUGGAUUCAACGCGAUAUUGAGCAGGUUAAGGAGUGCAAGGCAGAUGCCAUGCUGCAAGCCCUCCUGCAGCGCGCUUCUUCCGCUCCCGAGACUGCUCAGCCCGAGUUUCUGCAAAAGUGCCUCAAGGCGGUCCUACCUGUUUCCCUCAACGAAUACAUGGGUCCUGGAGUAGAAAACAGCUUCUACGGCCCUUUCAUAAGAACCACUAACAUCGCUCUCGCGUGUCUUGAAGAGAUCAAGGUUGACGGGAUGGGUGCUCCUGUCCCCGCCGUGGACAUGAUCUGCCAGCAGAACGAUAUGCCCAUGCACCAAACUCAUCAGACCAAGAAAUCAACUCGGAAGCCUGACCUCGUGAUUCUUCAUUUGGACAGCGCAUGCGCUCCCUUCCAGGAUGAGAUGGGCGGCAAGAAGGGAAAACAGAAGAACAAAGAGUCGGUAGAGAAGGACGACGGGAAGAACGAUGAAAAGAAUGACGAAAAGCGCAAGAAGAAACUCAAGGCUCAUGGACACGAAUGCAACGACAAAACCAAAAAUUAA